CAUCACCUUCACUGUUUACACAAAUAUAUACGAUCCAUGGUAUCCAAUACAGUAAUGUAUUCCCGUCAGUUUUUGCAUUAUUGCCUAAUAAAAUGGAAUCUACUUACUGUCGUUUAUUUGAAGCAUUGAAAUCAAUAAAAACUGGACUAAGCCCGGAAACAAUAAUGGUUGAUUUCGAGAAAGCUACCAUGAAUUCCAUCUCAAAACAUUUUCCAGAUACGAAAAUUCGAGGUUGUUUUUUUCAUUUUACCCAGUCUGUUUGGAGACAUGUUCAGCAAACUGGACUUCAACAACAAUAUAUUGAAGAUUCAGAAUUUGCUCUUCAAAUAAGAAUGAUGACCGCUCUUAGUUUUGUACCAGUAGAUGAUGUUGAACAGGCUUUCAACGAUUUGAUGGACACUAAUUAUUAUACAACACAUGAAGAGCUUUUAACUCCAUUGACAAAUUAUUUUGAAGACACGUGGAUAGGUCGAGUAGACCGCAGAAAUAGAAGAAAACCAGCCUUAUUUCCAAUCAGCCUAUGGAACUGUCAUGCUUACUUAAAAGAAAAUAUUCCGAGAACUAACAAUUCUGUCGAAGGAUGGCAUAAUAGUUUUUCAUCAACAUUAAAUGUGAUUCAUCCAAAUAUUUGGAAGUGUAUUGAGGCGUUCAAAAAUGAAGAAACAUUAAAUAAAAUUCAAAUUGAACAAUGUUUAUUAGGUAAUUCUACAGUAGUGAAAAAAAAAUAUAAGGACUUCGCUGCAAGAUUAAAAACAGUAUGUGAUAGUUAUAGAAAUAUAUUAAUAGAAGAUUAUUUAAGAGGCAUAGCCCAUAAUUUUCAGCUAAAUGUUUAA